UCAGUAUUACUAGCCCCGAGAGGGCCGAUGUCCACUAAAACAACAUGGGUCCAAGGUGCAACGGGCACUAAACCCUAUAAAUGGACUACUCGAAGAAUAGUGGACUUGGGAGCGGGCCAGGUAACCCACUCGUUUUUAGUCAUCCCUGACUGCCCCUAUCCAUUGCUUGGACAUGAUCUCUUAACGAAAAUGAAAGCUCAGAUACAGUUCACAGGCAGUGGGACUUCUGUGACGAACUCAAGAGAAAAGCCUGUUAGUACACUAAUAACUAGCAAGUUAGAAGAAGAGUAUAGGCUAUACCAGCAUCUCAAGCCCGAGUCUCCGGAAAAUGAGUGGCUACGGGCCUUUCCCCAAGCAUGGGCAGAAACUGGGGGAAUGGGACUGGCAAAACAUCGUCCUCCAAUCUUUGUGGAACUUAAAGCCGGAGCUGACCCAGUAAGAGUUUGCCAGUACCCUAUGUCACUAGAAGCAAAGAAGGGGAUCACUCCUCACAUCAGAAAAUUGUUAGAUUUAGGAGUUCUGAAGCCCACCCAGUCAGCCUGGAAUACUCCAUUGUUGCCUAUAAAAAAGUCUAAUUCCAAUGAUUAUAGACCAGUGCAAGACUUGAGAGAAGUUAACAAGAGAGUAAUGGACAUUCAUCCAACAGUCCCAAACCCAUAUACCCUGCUGAGCUCCCUGUCACUGAGCCAUGUGUGGUAUACUGUGUUGGAUCUAAAGGAUGCUUUCUUUAGCCUGCCCUUAGCCUCACAGAGCAAAAGCUACUUUGCAUUUACUUGGCACGAUCCUGAAAUCGGGAUAAGCGGUCAAUUGACCUGGACCAGGCUGCCCCAAGGAUUCAAGAAUUCGCCUACAAUCUUUGAUGAGGCGUUACAUGAAGACCUAAGUGAGUACCGCUCCCAAAAUACUGAAAUAAGUCUAUUGCAAUAUGUAGAUGAUUUGUUAAUAGCUGCUCCAGACAAGGAUAGUUGUCUAAAGGGAACAGCUAGGCUCUUAAAGACUCUUGGCAAUUUGGGCUAUAGGGCCUCCACUAAAAAGGCACAAAUUUGUAAACCUGAAGUCACCUAUCUGGGCUUCAUAUUAAAAGAGGGCAAGCGUUGGCUGUCAGAUGCACGUAAAGAAACGGUGCUAAAAAUUCCUGUGCCUAAGUCAGCGAGACAAGUCAGAGAGUUCCUGGGAACCGCGGGUUUUUGCCGGCUGUGGAUACCUGGGUUCGCUGAGAUGGCCAAGCCUUUAUAUGAAGCCACCAAAAACCUCCCAGAAUUUCAUUGGACUGAGCAGAUGCAAAAAGCCUUUGAGGCAAUCAAGAAAAGCCUUCUAGAAGCCCCAGCCUAAGGCCUACCUGACGUGAAUAAACCAUUCACAUUGUUUGUGGCCGAAAAGAAAGGAAUAGCAAAAGGGGUGCUCACCCAGCCAAUUGGGCCCUGGAGACGACUGGUCGCCUAUUUGUCAAAGAAAUUGGAUCCUGUCGCCGCUGGGUGGCCUCCGUGCUUAAGAAUAAUAGCUGCAGUAGCCCUCUUGGUAAAAGAUGCAGAUAAGUUGACUCUGGGACAGAAUCUGACUGUGGCCACUCCACAUGCUCUAGAGGGGGUGCUAAAACAACCACCUGACCGAUGGAUGAGCAAUGCCCGCAUGGUCCAUUACCAAACGUUGUUACUUAACCCGGCAUGUAUCAGCUUCUGUGUACCAACAGCAUUAAACCCAGCAACUCUGCUGCCGGAUCCGGAUCUGGAAGCGCCCCUGCAUGAUUGUGAGCAGAUCCUGGCCCAAACACAUAGCCUCCGGCCAGACUUGCUGGAUUUACCGCUAUCACAUGCCGAGCACACCUGGUUCACCGAUGGCAGCAGCUUCAUUCGAGAGGGAAAAAGGUAUGCGGGUGCGGCGGUUACUACGGACACUGAGAUAUUGUGGGCAGAGGCACUCCCUCAGGGGACUUCUGCACAAAGAGCAGAACUAGUGGCACUAACAAAAGCUUUACAGAUGGGAAAAGGAAUGAGACUAAAUAUCUAUACGGACAGCCGGUACGCUUUUGCCACUGUACACAUCCAUGGAGCCAUUUACCAAGAAAAGGGGCUACUGACAGCUGAAGGAAAGGCCAUUAGAAACAGACAGGAGAUUUUAAGCCUCAUCCGGGCCCUAUGGGAACCAGCAAAGAUUGCCAUUAUGCAUUGCCUGAGUCAUCAAAAGGGAGUUGAUUCGGUGACUAGAGGGAAUAAUCUGGCCGACCAGGCAGCUAAGGAAGCAGCCCUCCAGCCCAGAGCAGAAGUAUUGACUCUAACUUGGAGAAACGAUGACUGGUGGAAAACUGGUGAAGGGAAACUUAUCUUGCCACAAAGGCUGGGUAAGGGGAUCCUUAAAAGAAUCCACCGAGCUUCUCACAUGGGAACCCGAAGAAUGCAGGACUUGCUCCGACAUUCCAAAGUAAAAAUUAGACAAGGAGAUCAACUUAUUGAAGAUAUUGUUAAAAAUUGCAAGGCCUGUCAGCUUACCAAUGCCCCCAAUCAACAAGUUACUAAAGGAGCUCGCCUCCGUGGGGAUAGGCCAGGCGUGUAUUGGGAAGUAGAUUUCACAGAAAUCAAACCUGGAAAAUUUGGAUACAAAUAUUUGCUAGUUUUUGUAGACACCUUUUCAGGAUGGGUGGAAGCCUAUCCAACAAAGCAUGAGACUGCGAAUAUAGUGGCUAAGAAGAUCCUGGAAGAAAUCCUACCCAGGUAUGGCUUCCCAUCUACCAUUGGGUCGGACAACGGACUGGCUUUCGUCUCAAAAGUAAGUCAGGGAAUAGCCACUGCACUGGGGACGGAUUGGAAAUUGCAUUGUGCUUAUAGACCCCAGAGUUCAGGACAGGUAGAGAGAAUGAAUCGGACUCUAAAAGAAACCUUCACUAAAUUGGCCUUAGAGACUGGCGCAGACUGGGUGUCACUCCUUCCUUUUGCUCUACUUAGGGUAAGAAAUUCUUCCUAUCAACUUGGCUUUACUCCUUUUGAAAUAAUGUACGGGUACCCUCCGCCCAUUAUCCCUAGCCUUCAGACUGAAUUGCUUGUUGAUUUGGAUGAUACUGAAUUUUUGUGUAAACUUGAUUAUUUGCAGCUCGUGCACAAGAAAAUGUGGCCCCAACUUAAGGCAUUAUAUGAUUCUGCUUCUGUCCCUACCCCCCAUUUAUUCAGGCCAGGAGAUUGGGUGUUCGUCCGGAGGCAUAACCCCAAAUCCUUAGAACCACGAUGGAAGGGAUCCUACGUGGUGCUACAGACUACUCCCACCGCCCUUAAGGUAGAUGGCGUCACCACUUGGGUCCAUUGCUCCCACACCAGGCCAGCUGAACCUUUUGCCCUGGACGACGACUACUGUAGUGGAUGGGAGGUCUCCAAGCACCCAAAUCAGCCGCUUCGCCUUUGCCUCAAG